CCGAAGAAUACCAAUAAUUGUAGAGGGCGUGUCGUAUGUGUUGUACACUAACCACUAAGUGAGCCUACAUUGAUAAUAAAGACUGAAUACAAACUUUUCUCCUUAAUUAUAUUGAAUUUAUGAAGUUAAAAUAUGUCGGAUAGUUCGGAUGAAGAAUUAGCUGGUGGAGAAGGAAACGAAAAAUGGGUUUUAUACAAAAAUCGUGAUGAAUGGAAUGAUGUGACUCCUUUAUCUCAAGACGAUGGUCCUAAUCCAAUUGUUGCUAUUGCAUAUUCAGAAAAAUUUAAAGAUUCAUAUGAUUAUUUCCGAGCAAUUUUAAAAUCUGGUGAAAAGUCUGAGCGUGCAUUAGGAUUGACGGAAGAUUGUAUUUGGUUGAAUCCUGCGAAUUACACCGUAUGGCAAUUCAGAAGAGAAAUACUUAAGGCUUUAGGAAAAGAUUUUAAAGAGGAGUUAAAAUAUAUCAAUAAGAUUAUUAAAUAUAAUUCCAAGAAUUAUCAAGUUUGGUAUCACAGAAAAGUUAUUGUCGAGUGGUUGCAAAAUGCUUCAGAAGAAUUGGAAUUCACUGAGUUUAUCUUAAAAAAGGAUGCUAAAAAUUAUCACGCUUGGCAACAUCGUCAGUGGUGUAUUAAAACGUUUAAUUUAUACGACAAGGAGUUGGAAUAUGUAGAGGAGUUGUUAAUGGAGGACGUUAGAAAUAAUUCUGCGUGGAAUCAACGUUAUUUUGUUAUAAGUAAUACAACUAAGUUCGAGCCUAAUGUCAUCGACAAAGAAGUUGAUUUCACUUUGAAGAAAAUUUCUUUAGUUAAAGCAAAUGAAAGUGCCUGGAAUUAUCUUAGAGGUAUUCUUAUGCAACAAAGCGGUGGUUUAGUUCAUAAUGACAAAGUACGUAAAAAAUGUAUAGAGCUUUACGAGGAAGGGUAUCGGACCAAUCAUUUGUUAGCAUGUAUCAUUGAUAUUUGUCAAGAAAGUCAUGUAAAUGACGAAUCACCCGAAUCAAUAUUUCACAUAAACAAUGCUCUUAAGUUGUGCAAAGAGCUAUCCGAAAAACACGAUAAGAUAAGGAAACGAUACUGGAAUUUUAUUGGCAAUCAGUUAUUACAGAAGUUAGAAACUGUCUAAUAAUAUUUUAAAAAUCUAUUCUUGUGUGGUUUUAUCAAGAGGUUUAUAUAGGUAAUCGUUACAUAGUUUUACUAUUGAAACUUUUAUAAAUUGACUUUUAUCUUUAACAAUGAUAAGAUGUAUAUAUUAAGACAUAAUGGUCACAAGGUUAUUUUAUUUGACAAGAUAACUUUUAAGAUUUCUUAUGUUUCUUAGAAUAUCUAAUUUUUUUAUUUUUAACAAAUAAAAGAGUUUUAAAAGACAAA